AUGAGCAAGUCCUACGCCUCCUCAGCCCAGAGUGCUUCCUCGUACCGUCGCACCUUUGGCUCUGGUGUUGGGUCAACACCAUUGUCAUCGAUGUUCUCCUCCUCUCUAGGAGGAGCCCACAGCUCCGCUUCCAGCCGUAUGUCUAGCAGAGUCUACGAAGUCAAGAGCACCGGCAUUCCCUCUUAUUCCAGCUUCAAGUUGUCUUCUGGGGCCGGGCUCGGCUCCUCCACGGCCAUGCGCACUUAUGCCGGGGAGAAGCUCGACUUCAACCUUGCAGAUGCCAUGAACCAAGACUUCCUCAACACAAGGACCAAUGAGAAGGCCGAGCUUCAGCACCUCAAUGACCGCUUUGCUAGCUACAUUGAGAAGGUGCGUUUCCUGGAGCAGCAGAAUGCCGCGCUGACAGUGGAGAUCGAGAAGCUCAGGGGCCGCGAGGGGCCUGGGCGUGUGGCUGAGCUGUAUGAGGAGGAAAUGAGGGAGCUGAGGAGGCAGAUAGAGGCCCUCACCAACCAGCGUGCCAGAGUGGAGGUGGAGAGAGACAACCUGGCCGAUGACCUGCAGAAACUUAAGCUCAGACUGCAAGAAGAGAUUCACCAGAAGGAAGAAGCUGAGAACAACCUGUCUGCUUUCAGAGCUGAUGUGGACAGUGCCACUCUCGCUAGGCUGGACCUGGAGAGACGUAUUGAGAGUCUGCAAGAAGAGAUUGCCUUCCUCAAGAAGAUUCAUGAAGAGGAAAUCCGUGAGCUGCAGAGCCAGAUUCAGGACACUCAGGUGCAGAUCCAGAUGGAUAUGUCUAAGCCCGACCUCACUGCUGCUCUGAGAGACAUCCGCAUGCAGUACGAAGCCAUUGCUGCCAAAAACAUUGCAGAGGCUGAAGAAUGGUACAAGUCUAAGGUGUCUGAUCUGAACCAGGCUGUGAACAAGAACAAUGAUGCACUGCGUCAGGCCAAGCAGGAGACCAUGGAAUUCAGACACCAGAUCCAGUCCUACACCUGCGAGAUUGACUCACUGAAGGGCACUAAUGAGUCUCUGCUGCGCCAGAUGAGAGACAUGGAAGAUCGCACGGCCCGCGAGGCUACUGGUUACCAAGAUACCAUUACACGGCUCGAGGAAGAUAUUGCUAAGAUGAAAGAUGAUAUGGCCCGCCACCUGAGGGAGUACCAGGACCUCCUCAAUGUGAAGAUGGCCCUCGAUAUUGAAAUUGCCACCUACCGCAAGCUGCUGGAAGGAGAGGAGAGCAGAAUCACUACCACCAUACCUGUCCAGUCUGCUUAUUCUUCCAUUGGAUUCAGAGAGACCAGUCCUGAGUCCCAGCAUCAGCGCUCAUCAGAGGUUCACUCCAAGAAGACUGUUCUCAUCAAGACCAUUGAGACCCGCGAUGGAGAGGUUGUCAGUGAGUCGACACAGCACCAGCAAGACAUCAUGUAAACAAGAAGAAAAAACGUUACGUAAAAAAAAUAAUAGCACCAAUUAUGAAAUCUUUUCCUACUAGAAUUACGAUGAUUAAUAAGCUGUGCCUACUUUUAGAUACAAAAUGCAGUGUCAUGGAAGUGAAAUUUAACCACUAUACAUCCGUACAUAAAUUACUUUAAGCGUCACAGGAAAGAUGCAGUAGGCACAAUGCCUUUAGCCUUGUUUUAAAUGAAGGGCAUUCCAGGAUGUUUUUCUUUAUUUGUGUUACUUUUCACUGCAAACAAAAAUAACUUGCAUCUAUCUUGUCUGCAAAAAUAUUUUAGUGGUAAGAGUAAUGUUUCAAAUGAAUACAGCUCAUACUGCCGAAUUAUCCCAUCAUCCACUGUAACAAUCAAUGGCAGAUCAAUUUGACUGAAGCACUGCAGUCAGAUAAAUUUCACUGUGUGUAUUCCAGGAUUUUUACAUGUGUAUGCACAUCGAUUGAUUAAGAUAGGCUAUCUCUGUAUACUGAUUCAAGGAAAGUGAGAUGUUGGUUUUAGACUUGAAAGGGAAACAUCUAUUGAAAAGGGAACUCAGUUGUGUUUUGACCUUUGAGCUUUCCAGCAUGUGCUACAUGUCUGAUGGUAUGUGUAUGAGUAACCAUGGUAUCCUCUUUCGCUCUGACAAAAACUCAAAUAAAAGAUUUCACUUGCUGGGCAGAAAGUUUAUUCAAAUUCUGUAACUCAUAUUUCUAGGCAUUAGCAUUCCUCAGACAGCAUGCGUGCAUUUUCAUCCAAUUCUUUAUGAACUUUCUCUUCCUACUGCAUGCAUCAACUGAUGUGGCCCGUUUUAGCUUUCCAAAAGAUACUAGCUCCCCCAGCCAAGUGUAACACUCUUCUGUCAACAUUUAAUUUUCUUCUAUACACAAAACACGAGUUGUGGCUUUCUUGAAUUUAUCAGUAACCAGUCUGAUCUUGGUGCAGGGAAAACGAAACAAUGGCACAUUAACGAGCGGCCCUUGGUCAUUCUUUGUCUCCAGCAGAAAGCAGAUUAGCAGAGCAACAAGAAUUACAGUCUGUGCAGUUUGUUUCUAAAGCCACUGGACUGAAAAUGUCAUCAGAGAUAAAAAUUUGUGUGGGUGGAGGAGAGAAAAGGGAAACACAGAAACAAUAAAUGAGCCUGCAAGAAAGAGCAAGACGGGGAGAAAAGAAAAACAGAGGACAAAUGUAAUGAAAAGGUUAUUCUGAGACAGAGACACAGGGAAGAUCUAGAAAGAGAUAAUUACGCUGAAUAACAUAAAGAAGCAAGUAUGUGACUGCUACUCCAGUAAUUAGUGGAGCCAUGACGGUGUGCUCUCAUCACUGAAUCAACAGAAAGGGCAAACUGCUCCUGUGUUCUUUUCCCUCUAAAUAAAGUUGCCUCACUUCUGUGAACUCUCCUCUA